AUGUGGCGCAGUGUGGUGCGUCUUGCUUACCUCGGAGUUGCUUGCGCUGCGGUCUUGUCCGAGAACACAUGUGACGGAAGGGUUUCCGCAUCUGACCCGAAGGAAAGCGGCACGGAUUGCAGCAGCCUCCUGCAGUCUGCUCCUCGCCGGGUCGUGUUGGACCCGAAGAAGGAGCAGAUUGGCGGCGAAAGCGAAGGCAAAACAAAUUGGCCUCGCUACUGGCCCUUCAAGCGCUGGUGGCCCCAUAAUCGCAAGCAUGGGUACUAUGUCCCACCUGCCGAAGAGGAAUUGGUUGCGAUCCUGCUGCAGAUUCUCUUAGGGGUUGACGAUGCGGACCAAGUGCUGGGUUUGCUCGAAAACGCGACCGGCUUGUCAGCAAUCGAAGAGUGGCUCCAAGAACAGCUUGGUCCAGAUGCGACCAACAUCGACGUGACCUUCGGAAAUGGUGCGAGCCUGCUGCAGGAGCAGCAGCGAAGGAAGACGGGAGGAGGGGAGGAGGCGAAGGUCCGGCUGAACACCAUGCGUUCGUUGGGCACCUUCAUUGGACCCUUCGGGAGCACUCUGCUGUGUGUGCUGCCGAAGGAAGGGCUGUUCAACGAGCUCAACUCGGCAGGCUGGGCGAUCGCUGCCGCGAACCUGCUUGGUGUAGUGCUGUGUUGCUAUCGGCUUACCGACCCAGCUGUGCCGAGUGAGCCGCGGGUCUCUGCCGUGGAGCGUGGGCAGCAUGGGCAGCCUCCCGUCACAGCAGCCCGCAGCUUUCCGACCACUCCAGUGAUCUGGACAUGCCUCCUGUUCCAGGUAACGACAGCGCUGCUCCUGGCAGUGCUUGAAGUGGUUCCGCCGAUCGUUCUCACAGACGAGUUUCGGCUGCCGCCGGCGGCCACCUCGAUCCUCUUCGGCAUUGCGUCCCUGGCAGUCAUCGCGCUCUUCGCGUUGGUGGAGGUCCUGAGUCGCAAGGUCAGCGGGCGAAGCUUGAUGACUGCUGGGGUCCUGCUCGUCUCCUGCGGCGCCCUUUGGGCGCAGACAAGUUGGAAGUUAGGUUCAUCCUUCCUCGACUUCGUGCUGCCAUGGCUAGUGCUUGCCGUGGCACCUGCGCCACUCCUACGCACACCCGCGCGGACUCUUUACACGAGUCAUCUGCCGAAACACGUGCAGGGCACCAUGCAGGGCAUCUCGGAGGCAGCCUUCUCCUUCGCCAAUUUCGUGGGCCCAAUCCUGGGGAGCCACGUGGCCACUUCAGGUGGCUUCGAAGGGCUUCGCCUGACUAUGCUCGGCUUGGUUGUGGCAGAGGUGCUGCUCCUUUGCGUCGGGUUUUCGCGCCUGAUUCCAGGGACUGAGCUUUAG